GGAUCAGCUUCAGUCACUGCAGAUUUCUCCGGUUCAGCUCAUCUCUUCACACUUUUUAACCCACUUCAUUUAUUUUUCUUUUGCAUUAGUUAAGUGACUCUGUAGUUUUUAACCCCCCCUGCCCCCCCCCUCACUGUCCAGGUGUGCGGACGAUCACUUUUCCGGGGUGAAGGUUUUUUUUUUUGUUUUUUUUUUGCGCCCGCUGCACGCCUGCGCUCCUCUGCGCAUGGAUUUGCUUUGGAUCGUGUGCUGCGCCGUGUGCGUGUGCGCCUGGUUUACUUCAGCGGAGCGGCACAGCGUCUACUGGAACAGCUCCAACCCCAAGUUCCGGUGGGAUGACUACACCGUGGAGGUGAAGCUUAAUGACUACCUGGACAUCGUGUGCCCCCAUUACCCUGAGGGCGAGGUCCCCUUACUGGAUGCCGAACGCUAUGUGCUGUACAUGGUCGAGCGCGAGGACUACGAAUCCUGCAAACCGCAGUCGUACGACCAGAUGCGCUGGGAGUGUGGCCACCCGUUCGCCCCUCAUGCACCCGAGAAGUUCUCUGAGAAGUUCCAGCGUUUUACUCCGUUUACUCUGGGCAAGGAAUUCCGACAAGGAGAAAGCUACUAUUAUAUCUCCAACCCUUUGCACCACCACGGUGAGGACUGCCUCAGGCUGCGGGUUAACGUCGUAGCAUCUGACGGCUCCCAAGAGGCCAGAGUGGCCAAAGGGGGAGGUGCAGGCGGGGCUGGAGCUGGAGGCAGGGUUCACAACCCGUCCAAUAGGCUACCAGCAGCAGAUGACCCGGUGGUGGCUCUUCCAGAGGUCCAAAAGAGCGUUCGGACCAGCUCAGGAGUGACGACUAUAUCCCUCUCAAUCCUCUCAUUGCUGGUCCCAUUUUCACUACUGCUGCUGUUACACUGAGAGUACGUGAAAGAACGGUUUAUUUUUAGACUGGAAUUUUUUUUUUCAGGGACUACAAUGAAGACAGUCUGCGGGGAUCCAACCACAGACUCAAAAAAUAAAAUAAGACUUCUUCUGCCCAGUGCUGGCCACAGGGAGGGAGUUUGGAAGCUUGUAAAGAGCAGACAGACUCGUGCACAAAAUGUGCUGAGUAGCUGAGACGGAACAUUCUGUAUGUGUGUCUUCUGGUUUCUCCAAAAGGUGACAGUAUUUUUCUUCGGAAAGCUUCAGCCCUCCUUGAACUGAAAAUGUUUGGGGCUGUCAUUUAAAGGAAAACCCUGAAAUCCUGUAAGAAAGAUGAAGAGGAAC